UAAGAUUAGUGUUUGUGUGGGUUUAAACCGACGUUCUGCCCCGUUUGCACGGGAGAUCCUGCAGCAGCAGACAUCUCCAUCUAGCCGUGCGCAAUAAUUGAAAUGGCGCAUUUGGCUGCGGGCGGACUGUGAGGGCGCACAGUGAAUGAUGUCCAGACGUCAUUUGCUUUUAAUGGCCUCCAGGAAAUUUGCCAUUACAAUUCUCACAGACAUUAGAGCACAGAGAGGAGCGAGGGGGAAAGCGCCGCAUGCAUGAGCACCAGAUCCAGAUUUUCGCUUUGCAAAAAGAAAACGCGUCUUUUAUCGCCACUUUAUCAACAAGUUCCAGUGCGCCUCCUGCUUGCGCGAGAGCGAAGAGAGACUUUUACUCGUUCAGGGAAGGAAAAUGUGUUGUUGCCUCUGUGAAAGAGCCCGGGGGAAUGUUACAUCAGACGAAAUGACAAUGAUUAAAAUCAGCCUUUCUGCCUCUCCAAAGUCUCAGGAACGGCGUGGUGACACUUGCCUGAUGCGUAAACCGUUAUGUGCUGAACUUUAAACCCUCGCCAGCUAUUUUUACUUUGCGAAAGAGCUAAGCGAGGCUAAAUAAUCGAGGGGAAUAUCGGGUUUGCAUCUGUUCCAAUGAGUCUGCUCGGGUUUGAGUUAAUUGUCCUCUAAUCCUGUGGCCCCAGAGGCGUUUGCGCAGCCUGGAGCCAGAAUUCUUCUUUCGGCUCUGCUCUGAUUUAGAGACGGAUUAUUGGCUUCCUUCUGCCCAUAAGCAAAGCAGCAGAUUCACCGUGGCCAAAAAAGACAGUGGCGAGGCUGAUAUACGCGACCGAAUCAGAGUAUUAAGAAAUAAGAAGAUCAAGAGGGGGAAGGAGAGCUCUGGUCUCCUGGAGAAGCGUUAAUAAACAUCCUUGUAUCCUGCCCUCGGGCUGCACCAGUGAAAAGAUGCAAACAUACUUCAUUAGAGCUGUGGCAAUAAUUUGUAAGCUAAAUAUGCGAUGGGGCAGAUGAGAAAACGAUCUGAUAAGACUCGCACAGACGCUCAAGGUGGGAGAGACGCUAAGGCACCGUGAAGGCACAUCAGCAGCAUCAUUUCUCCAUGGCUUUCCCGUUUGUCUGCUUCCAGGAAGGGAGAAGCAUGUCACGCCUGUCUCUGACCCGGUCCCCGGUCUCUCCUCUGGCCGCGCAGGGGAUUCCACUGCCGGCUCAGCUCACCAAAGCCAAUGCACCCGUUCACAUCGACGUGGGUGGCCACAUGUACACCAGCAGCCUGGCGACCCUCACCAAAUACCCAGACUCACGGAUCAGCCGGCUGUUUAACGGAACCGAGCCCAUCGUUCUGGACAGUUUAAAGCAGCAUUACUUCAUCGACAGGGACGGAGAGAUUUUCCGCUAUAUUCUCAGUUUCCUGCGAACCUGCAAACUGCUGCUGCCGGAUGACUUUAAGGACUUCAAUCUCCUGUACGAGGAGGCGCGUUAUUACCAGCUGACGCCCAUGAUCAAGGAGCUGGAGCGGUGGAAGCAGGAGCGGGAGCAGAGGCGUCUGGCGCAGCCCUGUGACUGCCUGGUGGUCCGCGUGACCCCUGACCUCGGUGAGCGGAUCGCCCUCAGCGGGGAGAAGGUGCUCAUCGAGGAGAUCUUCCCCGAGACCGGUGACGUCAUGUGUAACUCAGUCAACGCUGGCUGGAACCAGGAUCCGACCCACGUCAUCCGCUUCCCCCUGAACGGCUACUGCAGACUCAACUCGGUGCAGGUGUUGGAGCGUCUCUUCCAGAAGGGUUUCAGCGUGGCUGCGUCCUGCGGCGGCGGCGUGGACUCGUCUCAGUUCAGCGAGUAUGUUCUGUGUCGUGAGGACAGGAGGAGUCAGUCCACAAACACGCCCAUCAGGAUAAAGCAGGAGCCGCUGGACUAGAGACACGCGCUCAGGCCCUCGGCCCCUCGACACACACACACACACACACACACACACACACAAACACACACUCACUCAGCGUUUAUAUGGGGAAUGUAAUCAAACUGCACCAAAAACCCAAAGAACUCCAGCAGGAUCUGAGUCCUGCCCUGUUCCGCCCAAACCACCAAUCAGAGGAUGUCCUCACGCAUACGGAACGCAGGCUCCGCCCCUCUGCCAGUGCAGUGUGUGUCAUUAUCUCGUGACGAUUGCGGUGUGAUGCUCACGAACAAAAAAAAAAAACGCCAUCGUCAGGGGCCGGGGGUCCAUUCUUUUGGAUUGUUUUUCAUUUCAUCCUUAUUGUUUCUAAAGACGUUUUUCACUCCUUAUAGCACCAUGUUGUAUGCGGUUAGCAGUACUAGGCUGGAGUUUUGUGUUUAUUUCUUUUGUUACAUGAAGGAUGAUGGGAGUGGCGUUCUGAAGGCAUUACGUUUGAGAGACUUUCCUGGCAGGAAAACACUAUUACGCCCUCGGGCUGCGUGGCCGAGCAGUCUGGGCUUUAAUGCGUUCACUGCUGAAGGUUUCUUUGUUUAAAGGAGCUGCAAGCAAACGUGGCUAUUUCUGAAGCCAGAGCAUUAAGCAUAUCGUUAAACAUCUGAAAUUUUUAUAAGCUCUCCGAUGCUUGAAUCAAAUGAGUUCUGAACUCUACGGUACCUAUACAGAGAGUCGUGUGUGUCAAGAACAAAAUGUAAGGAGCUUGAGGCAAAACAUGGGCAGAUGAAGACGUAUGAUUGUGUCUGUACCGUACUUUUGCACUUAAAUGUGUCGUGAAAACAAGCCGCCCGCGUGUUUAAAGAUUCAGUGGAAAUAGACUCGAGUUGGAGCGCGCUGACAGAAUGAGGGUACUAACUAUGAUGCAUUAAUUUUUAAACCAUCUUUGCGAAUGAAUAAUUGUUAUUCAUCAGCCCAGUUUUAGUUUGAAGUUGUCCGUUUUCUAUUUUGAUGUCAAGAUUCUGAGUAAACGGUGGAUACGUUGUGAAAAAGGUGCUUGAUUUGAUCAGAUGUGUGUGAUGAAUGUGUCCAAACGCUCAACACAGAGAACUAACAUUCCAGAGACGUCUCGUUUCUCUGUCUGGAAAAAAUAUUGUUUGCAAAUAUAAAUCUUUUGCCAUAAAUGUUAUGUAAAAAAUUCAAACUGCUCCCUUAAAGACAGUUUUUAAAUGCAUUAUUUAGCCUACUAGCUUUAAUCCUUCUAUUGGCUGAACAUUUCAAUAAUUAUA